AUGGCUGAAGAGAACACCUCUUCUGUGAGAGAGUUCAUCCUCACAGGCUUAACAGAUCAGCCAGAACUCCAGAUGCCCCUCUUCUUCCUGUUUCUGUGUUUCUACAUGGCCACUGUAACGGGGAACCUGGGCUUGAUAACCUUGAUUGGACUGAAUUCUCACCUUCAUAUUCCCAUGUACUUUUUCCUCUUCAACUUGUCCUUCAUAGAUUUUAGUUUCUCUACUGCCAUUGUCCCUAAAAUGCUGACAAGCUUCAUCUCAGAGAAGAACUUCAUUUCCUAUGCAGGGUGUAUGACUCAGCUCUUUUUCUUCUGUUUCUUUGUCUUUUCUGAAUCCUUCAUCCUGUCGGCAAUGGCAUACGACCGCUAUGUCGCCAUCUGUAAGCCACUGGUGUACACGGUCACCAUGUCUCCUCAGGUGUGUUUACUCCUUUUGUUGGGGGUCUAUGGGAUGGGAGUAUUUGGGGCUAUGGCCCAUACAGGAAAUAUAGUAUUUUUGACUUUCUGUGGUGACAACCUUGUCAAUCACUAUAUGUGUGACAUCAUUCCCCUCCUUGAGUUCUCCUGUAACAGCUCUGAUGUAAAUUUGCUGGUGGUCUUUAUUGUUGUGACCAUUGGCAUUGGUGUGCCCAUUGUGACCAUUUUUAUCUGUUAUGGUUUUAUUCUUUCUGGCAUUUUCCACAUAAGCUCCACUGAGGGAAGGUCCAAGGCUUUCAGCACUUGCAGUUCCCACAUACUUGCAGUCUCUCUUUUCUUUGGGUCAGGAGCUUUUAUGUACCUCAAACCACCUUCUAUUUUACCUCUUGAUCAGGGCAAAGUGUCCUCCUUAUUCUAUACAAUUGUGGUACCCAUGUUCAAUCCAUUAAUCUAUAGCUUGAGGAAUAAGGAUGUCAAAUUUGCCCUAAAGAAAACCUUGGACAGAAUAAUGUUGUCUUGA